UGCCCACCAAAAACCCUCUUUGUGCAUGCCCCCCCCUUUUGAGAGUGUAUUAAAUGGGGGAGGAGACAAAAAAUAGAGGGGGGGGGGGAUGUUAGUGGAGAUGGUCCUCAGAGUAGAGGGGACAACACAUCUCACUACAAGGUGGUCUGCCGCUAAGGAAGGACGUUCAUACUCUGGCUCCAGUGGACAUUUGUCAUUUUCUUAAGUGUACGUGUACCUCUGCCGGCUACAAGACACGCUUGUGGGGAAUUGCAAUUCCACAAAAGAGGAGAACAAGGUUUUAGGAGGCCCUUCUAUGAGGUAAGACUUUAGACUAAAAGGUCCCACUUAAUCGAGUCGGCUCACCAACGCCCGGGUCUGGAUGUGUGAGGUGGCUUCAUGGGCCUGAGGGACCAUGUGGAGGAUGGGACAGGCCACAUCCUCAGCCCGGGGCUGGAUCUGGACUACCUCCAUGUGGACGGCCCCGGCGGCCCGAAAGACGGCGGGACGGUUUCGUCCGCAGCCGCGUCGGCUUCGGCGGACUCUGGCCUCAGCGACAGCACCAAUAGCUUGGAUAGCAGCAGUGCUAGCUUCAGUAGUUUCUUCUCCGAAGAGAGCGGCGAUAGCGAAGACGAGCGGCACCACAACGCUUGCACCCAGGCGGAAACCCAGGCGGAGAACCCGCACGACUGUCGCACCAAAGUGGACUUUGCUCUAAAGCUGGGCUACUCAGAAGAACUGGUGUUGCUGGUGCUGAAGAAACUGGGCCCGGCUGCACUUAUCAAUGACAUCCUAGGGGAACUGGUCAAACUGGGAACCAAGAUGGAUCCGGUGGGGCCGCCCAGAGGCGGAUCUCAGCCUCUUUCGUCGUCCUCCGAGUACUCGUCUUCCUCCUCGCUCGAUUCUUGCAGGUUGCUGCGUUCCAACAAACUCCUGGAGGACAAAGACAACUUUCGGCCUGUUGUGGUGGACGGGAGUAACGUGGCCAUGAGUCACGGAAACAAGGAGGUGUUCUCCUGUCAUGGAAUCCAGCUGGCGGUUGAUUGGUUCUUAGAGCGAGGACACAGUGACGUCACGGUUUUUGUCCCCGCCUGGAGGAAGGAGCAAUCCCGUCCAGAUGCUCUGAUCACAGACCAGGAGGUCCUGCGGCAACUGGAGAAAGACAAGGUCCUGGUUUUCACGCCAUCCCGUCGCGUGCAGGGACGGCGGGUGGUCUGCUACGACGACCGCUUCAUCGUCAAGUUGGCCUACGAGUCCGACGGCAUCAUCGUCUCCAACGACAACUACCGUGACCUGGCCAACGAGAAGCCAGAAUGGAAGAAGUUCAUCGAUGAGCGACUUCUGAUGUACUCCUUUGUCAACGACAAAUUCAUGCCACCGGACGACCCCCUCGGACGCCACGGACCGAGCUUGGAGAACUUCCUGAGGAAGCGAGCUGUCAUUCCAGAACACAGAAAGCAGCCAUGUCCUUACGGUAAGAAGUGUACGUAUGGUCACAAGUGCAAGUUCUACCACCCGGAACGAGGCAGUCACCCGCAGCGUUCGGUAGCUGACGAGCUCCGGGCCAGCGCCAAAAUGUCUUCUGCCUCAUCCAAAGGCCAGAAGGAAGACACCUUCACAGCCCAGAACCAGACAUGGUCCGAGUCCGGCCGGGGAACUCCAAAGAAAGCAUCAAGGUCCCUCACAGAACUCCUGGAGGACCAUCUCAGAGUGCAAUCCAAAGUAGAGGAACGCAGGGGAAGCCGCAUAAAUGUCCUUGGGCAUUCCGUACCAGGGAGAUUGCCUUUCUCAGGAAAUCAAGAUGGAUGGGAUUAUCCAAGAUCCAAAGGAAUGAGUCCAAGUUAUUACCGAUCCGAGUCGCCGGUGCUGGGCUACAAGACCUCACCCAUCCCGAGUCUUCCUACUCCGGAGAUUCCUGCGCACUUCUAUCUGGAAGAUUUUCAAGCCAGGCAUCAACGAUCCGACUGCGGCACUGAAGGCGGCUCCAAGACGUUCUUCCCAGACCUGAUUUUGGAUGACAGGCCAAUGUGCCACCAUCUCCACCACCACCACCACCCCUGCCAAAAUCAGUACAACAGACCCCUGAACCGAACUCCACCCGGUCUGAGCCAGAACACUUCACCAAGAAUCAAACAAGUGGAUUUUGACGCGGAAGAAAGUCCUUUCCAGUCGCGCUCCACUCACAUGCCGCCGACUCAUCUGCCACUUCUGAGAAGAUACCCAGGAGAAUGUCACGCUGGUACCCUUCAUCCCUUCCAAACAUCCACCUUCUCUCAGUGCUCCAUUCUGCCGAGUUCGCUUUGGCAAGAGGAGCGACUCCAGGAUUCCAGAAGCUAUCACCAAGGCUCCCAGUUUCCCGUCAAUCGGAAUCAUUCUGAGCAACAUCAAAUGAACUGGGAGCGGCGCUACCAGCAGCCCCCGAGACCACGUUACGAUCUCUUCCCAAUCCAGAAUGCAGCUUCAGAGAACAUUUGGUCCUCUCCGUUGACAAAUGCACAUUUGUCACAGCGUGGACUGGCACCACAGACGUCCUUUUUUGAGCCUCUGGUGCAGUCAGAGUCUUCUUCUUCUGUGCCUCCAUACCAAGACCGGCGGGAGAGGGUCUUCCUGAACCUCUGUGGUAUUUUCCCCAUGGAUUUGGUCAGGGUGGUGAUGAGCCGGAACCCCAGUGUGAUUGAUGCGCAGGAGCUGGCUGCUGCCAUAUUGUUGGAGAAAACUCAGGGUAGUUCUUGAACCUUUUUUGGAGACCCUACUAAGGUUUAGUGUUGGCUAUGCUUGAUCAAAGAAGACAUUUUUCAAAAGUGCCCGCUUUUAGAGCAAAGCAGUUUCUUGUCAAGGGGAGAAAUGUGGAAUUCUGCAGUAAAGUUCCUUGGUCUGGUUUCUGAGCUCUGGGCCGUAGUUUACAGUCUUGGGGAAGUUUCCAGUUCCAGGACUGUGAAAACUAUUUCCACUAGUACAUAUGAAUACAUAAAUAUGCUAUACUAGCACUUAAGAUGGGAAUUUCCGCCAUUUACAUUUCGGAUGAUAUGGUUUGUGAGUCUAGGCUUUUAAGGGUAACAGUGCAUUCCUAAGUUAUUUAUUUCUUAUAUUUUUAAGUUAUUUAUAUUAUUGGUAUUAUGAUUUGGGCACUUUUGCUUGUUGUGGUCUUGCUUUUUUUUUCCAGGCAAUCAUAUCAGGGUAUUUUUUACGAGAGAUGUAACACAGCCUACCUCGGACUAUUUGUGUGCGACCGGCGGGUUAUUUUUCAUCAGUGUAGACUUUCCCUCGGAAAAGGGAAGUGAAACUGAGAGCACCUGCGAAAAAUAAGAAAAAAAAAGAUUCCUCAAAACUUCCACACCUGAUUGGCUCACACCAUUUUUUCGAAUUUGUCUAUAUUUUUCAGCUAAAACUUUGGGUUUAUUUAUAAAUCAUGCUGUUUUUUCUCUGGAUGUCCUUGAAAGAGAUUUAUUAACUUUUCUCAAUGGUUAAACUUCCUGGAAUUCUUUACUUCCCUUAAAUGAAUGGUUCUAAUUCCAAACAUGGUCCAAUAAAAGUUUAGAGUUCAUAAUUCCUAGUUCAGAAGCAACGUUUUUUAUUCUGGGGUGAAGUUGCUAGUUCCGAAGGAAUUCUUUUGGUAUUUUGUGGUAGUACAUUUCCAGGUCAGAUUGACCUCAAAUUUAGUCUUUUCAUUAGCUUGUCAGUAUUUAAAAUCGGCCUUCUUUCUUGUUGAAGCACUUCUAGCUGUCUCACGUGAAAUUGUUAAUUAUCAUAAAAGAUUUGCCUCAGUAAACGUGGAGAAAACUGCUGCCUGGUUGGCGCAUGUUCCUACCUCUUUGUUGAUACAAAUUGUAUCCUAGUAACGGUAACUGUAUUUAUAUGAGAAUAUAUAAGACGUCUUUGUGUAUUUCUGACAAACCUUGUCAGCACCAUUUUCUUUUUCCCAUUCAAGAUUCCGAAUAACAAAUUUUUCUAUGAUUGAAAAUUGGUCAGCUUGGUGACUUAUAUACGCAGUAAAAGAUGUUCUGUAACAUCAAAUAUAAUUGUAAAAUGUUUGAAACAUCAAACUAAAAUAUUAAGAAAUGGGGACCAAGGUUGAAAGACAAGAUGGUGUAGUGUGGUUUGAAACAAAAGAAUUUCAAAAAUAAACAUUUAUGAGCCAUUUUUGUUGUUUUGCAUUCUUUUUGCCUUGAUGU